AUGUACAACACAUCUCAGUUCACGUCCGCCACCAUGUUCCGCCGCCGCUGGUCUGGUCUCCCCAAAGACCCUAUCUUCUCAUCUAACUUGAAGGAUCUUGGCUAUUUCAUCAACGACCAAGAUGAGAUCCGCAACAUCAAGGAACCCAAUUACUACUUCAAGUAUUAUCUCACCAAGAACGGCCGCGUCAAUGAUCGCCAGCGCUUCCAUUUCAAUGAUGCGAUCCGCGACAUUGUCCAUGGCCGUCUCGAAAAGGAAGGCUUGAAGAAGGUCCUUCUACCUCUCGGCGUCGAGCCAACCUCGCCCAACGUCUCCAUCUUCACAAGUGCCAACUUGGCAUCUGCCUCGCGCGUAAUCGUGAUCUUUGGCGAGCCCAGCCAAGAUCUCGGCAACUUGGCCCUCCGUGUCGUCAACGGCCCCGGCGGCAUCAACAAGGGCAGCAUGGUCUCAGUCGUUCAGGAGAUCAACCGCCAGAGAGCCUCGCCGUCCGACGAUGGUCCCCCCGGAAUCAUUAUCGCCAACACGGGUGAGCUUUGGUGGUGGCCCGAAGGAAAAAAGGCUCUAAGCCCGACUUCCGCCAUGGCCGUUCCCAGGAAGAGCAUGGUUCACCACGGCCGCGCCAACAACCCAAGAUACCAUUCAAUCCCGAAUAACGAGACCCCCGAAGCCCACAUUACGUACGUUCUUAACGAGGUCAUCCCAUCGCUUCUAUCGCCAAACGCUCGCCUCGACAUCAUCGGCAUAGGCCUCGGUGCCGACCACGCGACUAGAGUGUUGGACACACCCGAGACCUGGUCCGCUCUCGACCAUCGCAUCAACACCUUGUCCUUGCUGGGUAGCACAACCAGCGUCGAUGAACUCUCUCACCAACCCUUCAAAGAGUUCCUCCCUCGCCGCGCUCGAGCGUACAUCACAGAUGAAGCGCCUGCACUAACGCCCUUAGCACAACCCGGCGGCAAUCCAAACACGGCCUCCUUCACACAGCACGGCUGCACGGUCUACAGCUCCGGCGAAGUCUACCUCGUCGAGUGCAUGCUCGUCACUAGCCACGUCCUCAUGCUCGACUGGGUCAAAGAGGUCGCUCUCGCCGGCCCCGACUACCGCCACCCGGAGGUGGUCGCCGUGGACCCCCAUGUGCCGACAGAGGAGGAGUGGGCGGCGGGAGGAUUCGACGAGCAGUGGGAGAAUAUGCCCGAAUUUGCGAAGCCGAGUAUCGGAUAUGCCAUGGCGCCUGAGGACCAUGAGCAUUGCCAGGUCCUGGAGGGUAUUCAGAAGCUUGCGGUUGAGAAGAAUGAGAAGCAGAGCGAUGCUUGGGAGGAAUCUUGA